UCAGCCUCAUUUGCUGACUCACUACCAGGUCCUUCAACACCCUUGCUCCACUCAAGCAAGUUGUUGAGUGAACCACCAAAACCCUCUAAGAAUCCAGAACAAACAGUGACUGGAUAAACUUGAUAGUUUACUUCUCAGCCCAUCACCUGCUUCUCAAGAUGCUGAGAUUUAUUUUUUGAAGAAACAAGUUAAUGAAUUAACUGAAAAAUUAGAAAUUAGAAAAGUUAACAAGGUGUAGUUAUGAAGCGAUAAAAAAAAUGAUGCUCAUAUAUUGAUGUAUACUGGUAUACCAACAAGUGAAUUAUUCAUUGUGCGUUUUGAACUAAUGAAUGACAUCCAAAUAAAAUAUUAUGCUGGCUGGAAUGUUCAACUUAUCCCUAACGUUGAUCAGCUUCUGAUAACACUGAUGAAAUUACGACUGAAUUUGCCCCACGAAUAUCUGAGUAUAAGAUUUAAUUGCAGCACAGCUACCGUUACCAAUAUUAUCAUGACUUGGAUUUACACUCUGGAUGAAGUGAUAUUUGUACAUUUGAUGAAGACAAUACCAUCGAGACAAAUAAACCAAGCCUGCCUCCCUGCUGCAUUUACUAAUUAUAAAAAUAGUAGAAUUAUAUUAGACUCCACAGAGAUUUACUCCACAGUUCCAGCAAGCAUGGAAAAUCAAAGGUUGGCGUACAGUUCUUAUAAACACUAAAAUACAAGGAACGUAUUGUUAGGAGUGGCACCAAAUGGGGUAAUAUUCGUUAGCAAAGGGUCAAUAUCUGACAACAAGAUUGUUCAACAGAGCAAUGUUUUAAAUCAAAUGGUUCCUGGAUAUAUGAUUCUAGCAGACAACGGGUUU